CUUGGUCUCAGCAUAUAUGGAAGGAGAGCUCAAAAUGAGAGGUGGUGAUCUGAUCAGGCCAGGAAGAUUUUGCAUACUCUCAGUGGCUACCAUUAUUAGUUCUUUGCUUGCUGUGUUCUUUGUGACUGAGUUGUUUCAUUUGAAAGCUGUUAGUGAAAUUGGCUCUAAAAAACCAGUCUUCUACAAGGAAAACAACACCAAUUUUGCCAGGAAGCUACUGCAGUUACCUGAUGCUGGGAGUACGAACCGCAUAGGCGCAGCUUGUUCAAAGGAUGGCAUUGAUAUAGUUCAAGGCUCAACAGCUCCUCUUCCAAAUGGCAUACCAUCAUACACGGUUCAAAUACUGAAUGUUUGUGUCUCCGGUUGUAGUAUAUCAAACAUUCAUGUCAGUUGUGGAUGGUUCAGCUCAGCCAAACUGAUAAAUCCUAGUGUGUUUCGACGAAUUUACUACGACGAUUGCCUUGUUAAUGAUGGAGAACCUCUUGGCCCUGGAGAAACCCUCUCCUUCCAGUAUGCUAACAGUUUUCUGUACCCAUUAUCCGUCUCUUCUGUUGCCUGUUGUUAAAUCAAUGGGUGGAGUGUGGAAUAUGUUACUUAAUUUUGUUUUACUGUGUGGUAUUAGCCUUCUUUUCAAUAUAAUUAUUGUGUCUGAUUGUGUCAUGAAAGAAGCAAUAACGAUAAAUUGGGGCGAUGCUAUAAUCUUUGAUGAAGGAUAGUGGAUAAAAAUGAGGAUAAAAAUGUGUUUGCAUGAGAAGAUGAGGUUAUUGACCAAAAGAUAAGGUGAACACUGCAAUAUGAGAUCUCUUGAAGUCAGAAAGAUUUUCUCAUCUUCGUACAAUUCAACAGAAAGGAAAACCUGUCAAUCUAGUAUGAAUAAUCAUAAUUAAAUUCAGAGACACCAAGCAUGACAGAAAGCACUUGAGAAAGAACAUAGAAACUGCCUCCAAAGAUAAGAAGAAUGAGCACUGCAGUAAUGGGGUUCUUGAGCAAUUCCCCUAUAGGUUCGAAGAUUGUGUAAAGAGCACCUGUGCUUACAGUUAAUGCAUAAAGUGCAUACCUCCUCACGUU